CGCUGCCGGCUGCAGGCAACCAGCUGCAAACAGUGGAACCGCGAAGUACUGCAGUAAACGGAGCCGGUGGAGCCGAGGAGCGCCCGAACCGCUCGUUAUUCUUUACACAAGACCUGCAGGACCUGUUUGAUGGAUCCACUCCAGUGUGACAAAAUACGUUGAAAGACAGGAUUUUUGUAUCUUCCAGAGGAACCCAUGAAAUCAUUUGGAGGAUAAUGACAUUAGGGCUCAACUUCAGACGUUUCUUUGUAACAUCACUGGAAAUGGAGUGAGAGGAGACACAAACAAAUAGAGCGGAUGAAAGAGACAUACAGCAGCCCAGAGGAGACCUCCAGCAGAUGGCUGAUGGUGGAUCUAUUAUCUCAGCGACAUGCUUUCAGUUUGAGGAUGGAACAGGAGGGAUCUGUUUUUGACCAGGGGAUUACCAGGAGGUCGAGAGAAGCCAUAUAACGUUUUUUUUUCUUCAAAUGAGGAACAAUUCACAUGACUCAUUCUGAGAUGCUACAAGAAAAGCAAAUACUACAAUGACAGGUGAAUUUGAAGACUGACACAACUGCUUCAUUCAUGGCCUACAGAUGAAUUGGGACUCCACCACAUGUGCAGGUUAGGGUACAUAUACUAUACAGAGUGUACCCACCUUGUGGUUUUCUUGCUUUUACCUCCGCCACUGACACUAAAAAUGGACUCAAUUGCUUAUAAUUGUUAAGAAGCUUUAAAAACAAUUUAUGCAUGUCUUCAGGGCUAUCUUGUGGUUGUCUGGGGGAUGAUAAAGUCAUCAGACUAAGCCACUGUGGAGAAAUGUCUAUCGUUAAGAUGCAAGCACUUGGAAGAGGACUUAUGAAAGACCGGUUUUCAAAAACUACAACAAUCUACUGCAGACAACGAGUUCCUGUCUGUUUUUCAGUCCUCAUCCCUAUCUCCCUACUUCUUUUCUCCCUGGUUACACCCGCUCUGUCCAUUCAUAUGGAGUCCAUAGAGAGCCACAGUGAAUUUAGCUGUGAGCCCAUCAGACUGAGAAUGUGCCAGGAUCUGCCUUACAACACCACCUUUAUGCCCAAUCUACUGAAUCACUACGACCAGCAAACGGCUGCACUAGCCAUGGAGCCUUUCCAUCCCAUGGUGAACCUAUUGUGCAGUGCUGACCUGAGGAUGUUCCUGUGUGCCCUGUAUGCUCCGGUGUGCACUGUUUACGGCCAGGUGUCCAUGCCAUGCCGAUCUCUCUGCCAGCGGGCCAAGGAUGAGUGCCACAAACUAAUGGAGAUAUUUGGAGUAGCCUGGCCAGAUGACAUGGAGUGUAGCAGGUUCCCAGAUUGCGAUGAGCCUUAUCCUCGUCCAGAGGACCUGCUAACAAGCUCUGACCCCACUGACCAGUUGUCCAUGACUGUCCAGAGAGACUACGGUUUCUGGUGCCCCAGAGAGUUCAAAGUCGACCCAGACCUGGGGUACACAUUCAUGGGCAAGAAGGACUGCUCUGCACCGUGCCCCUCAAUGUUCUUCAACCAGCAGGAGCUGACCUUCAUCCGCUACUUCAUAGGAGUCGUUUCCAUUGUCUGUCUAUCUGCAACGCUCUUUACCUUCCUGACGUUCCUCAUUGAUGUUACCAGGUUUCGAUACCCUGAGCGGCCAAUAAUCUUCUACGCUGUGUGUUAUGUCAUGGUGUCACUGGUUUUCUUUCUGGGGUUCCUGUUGGAGGACAGGGUAGCGUGCAAUGCAAUCAGCCCUUCCCAGUUCAGAGCUUCAACCAUAACACAGGGCUCACACAACAAGGUAUGCACCCUGUUCUUCAUGGUCCUGUAUUUCUUCACCAUGGCCGGCAGCGUAUGGUGGGUCAUACUGACAAUCACUUGGUUCCUGGCCGCUGUGCCUAAAUGGGGUAGCGAGGCCAUUGAGAAAAAAGCCCUCCUCUUCCAUGCUGUUGCCUGGGGGCUCCCAGGGGCCCUGACUGUCACCCUCUUGGCCCUGAACAAAAUUGAAGGAGAUGGGAUCAGUGGAGUGUGUUUCAUAGGGCUGUAUGACAUAGACGCCCUGAGGUGGUUUGUUCUGGCACCACUCUGCCUCAACGUGGCGGUGGGUGUGUCUCUCCUGUUAGUAGGCAUUGUGGCUCUGAACCGGGUGCGCAUGGAAAUCCCUCUGGAGAAGGAGAACCAGACCAAACUAGUCAAGUUCAUGAUUCGAAUGGGAGUGUUCUCGGUGCUCUACCUUGUCCCCUUGUUGACUGUGAUUGGGUGCUACCUGUACGAACACACUUACCGAAGCAGUUGGGAGACAACAUGGAUUGACGAGAACUGCAGGCACCAUCACAUCCCCUGCCCAUACAAGGUGGAGCAGACCAGCCGGCCAGCCAUGGUAUUGUUCCUAAUUAAAUAUCUGAUGAUGUUGGUGGUGGGGAUCCCCUCUGUUUUCUGGGUGGGCAGCAAAAAGACCUGUUUUGAAUGGGCCAGCUUCCUGCAUGGACGCAGACGCAAAGACAGUGGGGUGAAUGAGUCCCGUCAGGUGCUACAGGAGCAGCCGGACUUUGCCCAGUCUCUGCUGCGAGAACCCAACACCCCCAUCGUUAGGAAGUCCAGAGGAACAUCCACUCAGGGCACUUCAACCCACGCCUCUUCCACCCACUUGGCUGCCCUAGACGACCUUGAUGAACCAGUCAGAAGUCACCACGCCCCCCCCACCUCCACCAGGAGUAAGGCCAGCAGUGUCCACAGCAAGGCCAGCUACCACGGCAGCCUGCGCCGCAUUCAUGACGACAGGAGUGAUACUAUGGUUUGCCGAGGUACAGAGGAGCGCAGUUUCCAUGGCAGCAUGCCACGUCUGGACCACCCGCUCUCCGCUCACAGCAGCCUCCAUCAGAUAGACGGCCACUCAAGGCACGGCAGCCAGCGAGACGUAUCUGAGGCCCCAUCAACCCUCAUCACCCACGGAACAACGGGAAGUGACAGCCAAGCUGCUGAGAAAGACGGCACCAGUGCCUGAGAAGAGAAGAUUAUUGGAAGGAUGCUUUCGAUGCCUUUCAAAGGAAGAUUUGCCCUCUGCUGAUACACACCCGUCUGUGUGUAAAUGUUUUCCUCUGUUAAGGUGGAGAAUGUACCAGUGAGGGCUGUGGUGUGGAUUUUGGGCUUAAGUUCCUUGCUUUGUUAGCAGUGUCGCUAAAAGUUUAGCCAGUGAACUUGACUCAUCUCUCAUAGAUUCUGUUUAGUUUCACUGUAAAGCUGAAGUUUGUUUACAUAAUGUUUUGAAGUUACACGGCAGACGACUAAAACAGGCAACAAGAACAAAUCCAUCUCUUCAGACGCUUGAUGACAUUAGUGAUGCUGACUUUAUUCAGGGAUCGUUUUGGUUGAGCCCAGGUAAACCAGAGCUAGCACUGGAUAGGAAAAACUGAAAAAGUGGGAUGGAUCACCAUCUUGCAGGACCUACCUGAAUAUUUUUAAAUAUGUGAAGUAUUGAUUUUGUGACCAUCUUAACUGGUUUGCCCACUGUCUUGGUAAUGUCUCACAUAAAAGUUGACUUAUUUGAGUCUCAGUCUUGACUGAGACUUUAUUCUCAUUCUUUGUUUGCUAUAGACUGCAACUCUUAAUGAAAGAUGUUUAUCUUUGUGUGGCUUCAGAGACCGAUAAAUAUGGGCUUAAUGUGAAAUCGUGGACCUCUCUGUGGUUUAGUGAAUAUUUUUAUACUGUGAAAAUUGUCCGUCCGCUGCUGAAAGCUUUAGUGAGUGUGUGUGAGACUGAGUGAGAAAUGGAGAUACAAGUGGUCAUGUAUGUUUUAACUCCAGUGGUGAACAGAGAAAGAUGAAUGGAGGGAGCUGAAAGAUUUGAGCAACCCAGAAUGUAAAAGGGUUGUUUCAGUCAGAAAGAUGGUGAUAUAAUACGGGCAUGGUCGGGUGAAAUGAGACGGAAUAAUGUGUAGACACACACUCACAUUGGCCUCCAAAAAACAUUUAACCACAGACUUUUCUGAAUAUACACAUUAGCCUGACAGACAGAAAAGAUAGUUUAGGAAAAAAAGCUAGAAGACUAGUUUAAUCAGCCGAUUACAUGUUCGAUCAGUUGUCAGCCAAGCAAUCUGUCACAGAAUCUAAAAGGUUACAGAUAAGAGUUGGCUGAUAAAUUCAGGUACACAUUUAUAUUUCCAUUCAAGAUUAAUGGCUGUAUAGACUGGAGUUUAAUUUUAAAAUGAAAACUGAUAACAGUGCUCUAUCCUGCAAUCUGUCACACACACAAGGCUGAAAGGUUGUUUUUUGAGAGCAAGUGCUUUUUUUCUAAUGUAAUUUUCCCAACUGUACUUGAUAUGUACCUAAACUGCUACUGUACAUGCUCUUCGCUCGUGUUUGUUUGUGUUGUUGUUCAGAAAUCAAACUCAAACUUACCCAAAGAGGUGCAGACAAUUGGCAGUGAAACUGUAGAAACGGAAAUGUUCGCUAAUUGCAACAUUUUUUCUGACAUCAUUUUACGUUUAAGUAAAUGUUACAGGAAGUGUAUAUUGUAAAAAAAAAAGUUUGUGUUUUGUUCCCAAUCCCUAAAUACCAUAUUAACCUACCUCACCUGUACCCUCAGCCUUCUCUGCACACACACCUGCACCAGUUUUAAGUUUCUCAUGACCAACCCCCUACUGUCAACUUACCUGCCUGCAUACAGUAUCUGUUGUGCAGAUAUUCUCCAUCCUAUCUGAUGACUAAUCUGCCUCACAUCUGCCUUCUGCCUCUCCUCCUGUAAAUGUGCCCACGCUAAUCUGUUCUGGACCUACAGCAACUGUCUGUACUCUUGCAAGUUGUUACAAACAUUAACCGUUGUGCUUUUACCUCUGAAGUGGACAUUAAAGCGAAAGAUGCUGUGUUAAACACUGUCAUUGAACUCAAGAUGAAAUCUCCCCUUUUCAGCUAUAAAUAUCUUAUUCUUGUAAGUUCACCUAAGUCUGUGAUCAGUAAUAUUAGUCCCCCAGAAUGAGACAUGACAAAGAGAAGCUUUCCUUGCUCCGUGGUUUCUGAUGUCAUGCUGUGAUACAGCCUCAGUGAGCUGCAGUCGCUUGAGAAUAUGACCUGUAUCAAUGAUGGUUAUAAAGAAUAUAAUGUGAAACUUGAGUUGUAUUUGCCUUUUAAUUUAUUUGCAGUUUGGGACUGUAAUGACUUCUUUUACAUGCAGUCUAAUAAACCUUUUAUAGACUUCA